AUGAAAUAUAUAAUUAUGAAAAUGUCAGUUCUGCUUUACUUGAUCAUUUUGUGGUCAUUACCGACGGUGAAUGCAUUUCCAAAGCGAAAUUACCAUCUCCAAGUGCCCGCCGAGGUGAGGCCGAUAAUUCCAGACAUAGUUAAGCAUUCAUCUGGCGAACUUGAGAUACUCGAGGGAACACAACAAGACCCAGAAGUCCGGCCGGGAUUGUUCCAGGGGGACAUCAUGAUGACGAAUGAGGUGUUCAAUCACUGGCGCGUUGGCCUUCGCUGGGACCGUUUCCCCGAGAAAUUAUGGAAUAAUCGAACGGUGCCUUACGUCAUCAGCCCUUUAUAUAGUCCCGAAGAUUACGUCACAAUUUACAAAGCCAUAUCGUACCUGAACUACAUGACGUGUGUUAAUUUCGUCCCUUGGGAUGAGAAGGCCAAGGAUUUCGUGCUCAUUUGGCCCAUUAAAUAUCCCAAAGGGUGCUGGUCAUUUGUAGGCAAAUUCGGUGGUGGGCAAUUACUGUCUUUACAACCGUCGGAUGAGCGUGGACCGAAUUGCCUUGGAAAUGAGGGCAGAGCCGUACAUGAGCUAUUACAUACACUUGGAAUUUUUCAUGAGCAGAGUAGAGCUGAUCGUGAUACUUUCGUUACUAUUCGUGAGGAGAAUAUUCUCUCAAAUUUCCUGAUAAAUUUCGACAAGCAAUCCCUCGAGAACACCACCUACAGUUACGAGUACGAUUACAGCAGUAUAAUGCACUACGGCAGCAAUUAUUUCAGUAAAAGUCCCGGUAAGCCGACCAUAGUACCAACAAUGCCAGGCACCGUUGUCGGACAGAGAAGAGCAAUGUCGAAGACAGAUUGUCUGAAAGUCAAUGAACUCUACGGAUGCCUGGAUAAUUCCUUCGAGGCGCGAAGAUGGCACAAUGUGUGUAAUACCCUUGGCCUGUGA